GCACUAUCCAUCUCCAAAAAAAAAAAAAAAAAUAGCUUGAGGGAAGAGUGAGCAACCCUUUUCCAAUGUAUUCCUUAAGACUAAUAGUGUUGUUUUCCUUUUCUUGUGUUCUUCUAUCCUCACUGAGUAUUGCUCAACCAGAUUUCUUGUACCAGUCUUGCAGAAACACCGAAAACAACUACACAGCUAACAGCACUUUCCAAAAGAACCUUGACAGCCUCCUUUCUUCUCUGGCCUCCAAUACCCAAAUUGACUACGGAUAUUAUAAUUUCUCUGCUGGUCAAAUAGGCCCUGACCAAGUACAUGCAAUUGCACUUUGUAGAGGAGAUAUUUUGCUGAAUGAGUGUCGAGGUUGCGUUAGUAACUCUGGGCGUAAGAUCUUACAGGUUUGUCCUAACCAGAAAGAGGCGAUAGGAAUUUAUGAUUUCUGUAUUCUACGAUACUCCAACAGAUCCUCGUUUGGUGUCUUAGACGAAGAGUUUAUUGUGUAUACUUGGAACACAGAAAAUGCCUCGCAUGUGAAUCUAUUCAGUCAGGCACUUGGAAACUUAACAAGUCGACUUCGUACAGCUGCAGCUUCAGGUACUUCACUUCUAAAGUUUGCGACAGGAAAUCAAACGGCGGGAAUCAUUACAAUAUUUGGACUCGUUCAGUGCAUGCCUGAUUUAUCAGCCCAGGAUUGUGAUGAUUGCCUGGCUGGGACUUUUCAACAGAUUCGAAGCUGUUGUGAUGGACAGAUCGAAGGAAAAAUUGGAGGGAGAAUUGUAAGAGGAAGCUACUAUUUAAGGUUUGAAACCUACCCUUUUUAUAGAGUUACAGCCGCCACAUUAGCACAGCUACCACUUCCGCCAUCGCCAGAAGCACCGCCAGCUGCAGGUAGACCUUGAAAAGAUAUGAAUUAAGAGAGCCCUUUUACCUUUUAUAUACACACACACACACUAAAUUAUUUGGUUCAUACC